AUGGGAAAAGACUACUAUAAGGUGUUAGGCAUCCAGAAGGGUGCCUCGGAUGACGAUAUCAAGAAGGCCUAUCGCAAGAUGGCCCUCAAGUACCAUCCGGAUAAGAACAAGGACCCCGCCGCGGAGAACAAGUUCAAAGAUGUCGCCGAGGCCUACGACGUCCUCUCGGACCCGAAGAAGAAGGAGAUCUACGACAAGUUCGGUGAGGAUGGUCUGAAGAACGAUGGAAUGCCAGGAGGACCUGGUGCGAGUGCGGGUGGAAUGCCCGGCGGAUUCCAUUAUACCUUCCAAGGAGACCCGAUGAGGAUGUUCGCACAAGCAUUUGGAGGUGGAAACAUCUUCAGCGACUUUAGUGGAAUGUCUGGUGGCGGCGGCGGUGGAGGCCCUGAAGUAAGUAUUUUGCUGUAUUUGAUUGUUUUUGAAGUUUAGGUAGAGAGUAAUGUUAUGAAUUCAUGAUGAAUUCCCUUUUUUUGAAAUCUGCCCACCUAUACCUACGCUAAAUACUAAUUUCCUUCUUUUAGAUGAUGUUCGGUGACGAUAUCUUCGGAUUUGGUGGAAUGCACGGUGGCGGCGGUGGAAUGGGAGGCGGAAUGGGCAAAAGAAAGGAUCAAACGGUUCAACAUGAUCUCCCAGUCAGUCUAGAAGAUAUAUACAAAGGGUGCACAAAGAAGAUGAAGAUUACAAAGUGAGUUCUUAUCGUUUUUAUUUGGAGUUUUAGGUAGCUGAACUGCAGUCUGAUUUCAUACCUAUAAAUUAUAAAGAGUUUACGCGUUGAUUUUUCAGGAAGAUUGUUGGCCAAGAUGGAUCAGUCAGAACCGAAGAUAAGGUGCUGACCUUGACGAUAAAGCCGGGAUGGAAGGCCGGAACGAAGGUCACAUUCCCCAAAGAAGGUGAUCAAUACCCAGGCCGAGUACCCGCCGAUAUUGCAUUUGUUAUCAAGGACAAGCCCCAUCCAAAGUUCAAGCGAGAUGGUGCGGAUAUCCGAUACAAACAUCGCCUCUCACUACGCGAUGCUCUCUGCGGUACUCAACUCAACGUCCCCACCUUGGAUGGCACCUCCCUGCCACUCAGAAUCGAAACAGUCGUCAAGCCCAACACCACCAGGACCAUUCCCGGCCAAGGUCUCCCGUUGCCCAAGGAACCGAGCCGUCGCGGAAACUUGAUUGUGGAAUUCGACGUCCGCUUCCCAGAUUCUCUCAGUCCCGCCGCCAAAGAACUGAUACGCAAUGCCCUGCCUCCCACGUAA